CGCCUUUUGCGCAGCAGCAGCGUAUACAAAAGAGGACCUUCCGCGGCACCAGAGACAUGUCGAAGCUCAACCAUCACCAUGGCAAGCAAAUACACUCUGACCCUCCUCUGCGUGGUCGUGUUGGCGUUGGCGUCCUUUGCAGCUGCUGAUCCUAGGCCGUUCAAUCUUGUCAAGAGCGCAAAGAAGCUCUUCAAAAAGGCCAAGGACUUUGUGAGCCCGACUAUCAACUGCCUCAAGAAAGCCGGAGUUCCCGACGCUCUCCUAGGCUACCUUAAAGAAUGCGGCCAAACGAGAUACUAUGGCAAUACAGCCAUGAUGAGCUGCGCAAUGACCACCUACGCACCUCCUGAUGUCAAGGCAUUGGUUAAGACCAGUGGUCAAUGUUUCACGAAAUAAAUAGAAUGUCAUUUUGACUAAGCUGAA